AAAUCUGGGGAGGCAAUGGCUACUCUGUUCUUUGUUUUCUGCGGAAUUGCGGAUGAUGAAGCAAUGGCUCUCUUUGUUGACACCUUUCUUCAGCGUCUUAGAGCCCAUACGUUUGCACGCCAGUUUCAAUGGCACGUCUCCUCAUGGCUCCUGCAAACAAGUUUCCUAUGGAUCCAAAGUCUCAAACUCUGUCGCUCUUAGAAACAUGUUCAGGCAUGGAGGAGCUGAAGCAAAUUCAUGCCCAAAUGUUCAAGACGGGCCUUGUUCUGGACGCCAUACCAAUUAGCAGACUUCUAUCUUUCUGCGCUACCUCGGCUUCUGGCGACCUCUCCUAUGCCCACCUGGUAUUCCAAGGAAUCCAGAGACCCAACACGUUCAUGUGGAAUGCCAUGGUCAGAGGUUACUCCAACAGCAAUAACCCUGAAGAAGCCCUCCUCCUCUACCACCAUAUGCUCCACUUUUCUGUCCCACCCAAUGACUACACCUUCCCCUUCUUGCUCAAGUCCUGCGCUGCUCUUUCAGCUUUGGAAGAAACCCAACAAAUCCAUGCACAGAUACUCAAGACAGGCUUUGGCUUUCAGGCUCAUGCCACCAAUGCUCUGCUUCAUGUUUAUGCCAAGUCCGGCAGCCUUGAGUCUGCUCAUCGCCUCUUCGAUAGGGUGAACCAACGAGACACUGUCUCUUGGAACUCCAUGGUUGAUGGGUACGCCAAGAGUGGCGACAUGGAGAGAGCCCGUGAGCUGUUUAACCAGAUGCCUGCAAAGAAUGUUAUCUCCUGGACGUCCAUCAUCUCUGCCUGCGUUGGUGCUGGUCUAUCCAAGGAAGCCUUACAUCUCUUUCACCAAAUGCAGAAUGCGGGUGUCGAACCAGAUAAUGUUGUGCUGGCCAGGAUACUUUCUGCUUGUGCACAUCUCGGGGCUUUGGAUCAAGGCAGAUGGAUUCAUGCUUACAUUGACAAAAGAGAAAUGCAGAUUGACCCAGUGCUCGGUUGUACUCUUGUAGACAUGUAUGCUAAGUGUGGUGAUGUGGAGGAAGCUCUGAGUGUUUUUAGAAAUAUCAAAAAGAGAGGAGUCCCUGCAUGGACGGCCAUAAUUACUGGAUUGGCAAUUCAUGGUCGGGGAAGAGAGGCCAUUGACCUCUUUGAGGAGAUGAAGAGGACAGGAAUCAAGCCCAAUGUAAUCACUUUCACUGGGGCUUUGACUGCUUGCAGUUAUGCAGGCUUAGUGGAUGAGGGGAUUUUAAUUUUCAACAGCAUGAAGAGAGUUUAUAAUGUGUCUCCAUCGAUAGAGCACUACGGGUGCGUCGUCGAUCUUCUUGGCAGAGCUGGGAUGCUGAAGGAAGCCGAAGAGUUGGUAAUGACAAUGCCCAUGAAACCAAACGCUGCCAUUUGGGGGGCACUACUGAAAGCCUGCCAUAUCCACAGAAACUUUGAGUUGGGCAAGCAAAUCGGCAAGAUCCUGCUUGAAGUGGAUCCUGGACAUAGUGGCCGAUACAUUCACUUGGCAAAUAUUUUUGCAACAACAGGUGAAUGGGAUCAAGCUGUAAAAGUGAGAAGGCUGAUGAAAGACAGGGGAGUCAUGAAACUCCCAGGCUGCAGUUCAGUCAGCUUGAAUGGUGUUGUCCAUGAAUUUUUGGCUGGGGAUCGGUCUCACUCACAAGCAAAAGAGAUUUAUCUCAUGUGGAGCAGAAUUGCAGAGAGACUCAGACAGGAAGGAUAUGUCACUGCAACUAGAGAUUCACUACUUGAUCUGGAGGAGGAGGAGAAAGAAACAGCAAUCCAUCAGCACAGUGAGAAGUUAGCCAUUGCAUUUGGUUUCAUUAGUACUGAGCCAGGAACAGUGAUUCGGGUCACGAAGAACCUUAGGGUGUGUGAGGACUGCCACACAGCGGCAAAGCUCAUCUCUAAGAUUUAUUCUCGUGAGAUUGUCAUGCGAGAUAGGACUCGCUUCCACCUUUUCAGAGAUGGAAACUGUUCUUGUAAAGAUUACUGGUGAAGAAGAAAAAGAAAUACCUUAUCAAUUAAUCACCCAUUAUUAUUGAUUACAUAAAACAAAAUCAAGAUAUCAUUAGAGGUACUUGAACAUGUGCAAAAUUUUUCUAAAUUUGGAUCUUCAUGUUUUCCAUCUCAAG